AUGGCCACUGCAGGAAAGCCAGUUAAGAAGCAGCUCAAAAAGCAGAUUCAAACCAAAACCUCCUUCACUUCACCCUUCACCCCAAAUUGGAGCCCGCUUCCACAAGAAGACAUGCAAUUCAUCCUGAAAACUUUGAAGGACAAACUGAUCUCCACAGGUCUGGAGAAGAAAGAGGUGAAAGUCUUUCUUCCAUGGAGGAAAAAGAAAGGGAAGGAACCCAUUUCCACUCCUAGGGUUCCUCCCGAGGUGAGCCAGGACGAACAGGCGCCCCUUCCCACCGGGAACGGCUGGACGGACGUGGCGGCCAGGCGACAGCUCGCCAUCGGGAUCAACGAGGUCACCAAGGCCCUGGAGAAGAAUGAGCUGCGGCUGCUGCUGGUGUGCAAGUCGGUCAGACCCAAACACAUGACCAGCCACCUGAUCGCCCUGAGCGCGACCAGAGGAGUGCCGGCGUGUCAGGUUCCCUGUCUGAGCCAAAGCCUGUCGGAGCCGCUGGGUUUGAAAAGCGUCCUGGCACUGGGAUUCAGACGUUGCUCCUCCAAAGACGAGGAGGUGUUCACGGACGCUGUUGACGCCAUCGAACCAAGAGUUCCUGCCUUGGAUGUCCCGUGGUUGAAAAGCGGGACACCUGAACUCCCUGCUGGAGUGGGGGAGGAGGGGAACGGUGAGGCCAGAGGCCAAAAGCGGAAACUGGAGGGUGAAUCCGAGGUGAAGGAGUCCCCUUUGUCCUGCUCUCUGCAGCCUCUGAAAGUGAAGAGAAUUAUUGCCAACCCUGCAAAGAAGAGAAAAACUAAGAAGAAGAAAAAGCCUGCUAAUUAA